UAGCUGGCUUAUAGCCUGCUAUUGUACUGCUCUCAGAUUAUGAGAAGUAGACAUCCAACUCCAAGAUGGCGACGCAAAAAACAAGAUAAUCAAGUGGACGCAUGAAACCUCUGAAACACUAAAUUUUGUCUAAUCACGUUGCGGCUUGAGAGUUGAGAGCUAGUUGACUGACGGGGGCCAACAUGAGUUGACCUUGGACAUUUUGUUAGACUAAAAAUACAAGCCAUUAGCAGAUUAGCUUAUGAACUCUGGGUAAAAGGAAGUGAGAACCUACCCUUCAUUAGACUCAUCACUCAUGACUUAUGGUGUUGUUUCCAGAUCCCUCAGACGCUAGGAAAUUCCCGGGGAAGUAUAUACUAUGCAUUGCUUGCAUCAGUUUCUCAGUGUACAAAGUCUCCGAGGACCAGGAAGAAGGCAGAAACCACGUCCCCUUUGCCGAGAAAUUGAGCAAUUCUGCUGCACAAUACGCCAUGGCUCUACAUGUACGGCACACUGGUGAUAUGCAACAGUUACCCUGCACUGCACUGAAGGAUCAGUGGAUCACCAUGGGCGCCUCCCCGUCUCGAGGCCGAUCAGACAAGGGGCAGAGCCUGAAAUCCAUCCAAGCAGGCAGAGGCAGUGACAGUGCCGCCUUCUCCGGUAGCUCAGACUACGUUCAAGUGGAGGAUUGAUGGCUUCUCCUCACUUCUUGAUAAGGGUGAAGGAUGGACAUACUCAAGGGUGUUUGAGAUCAUGGGGCUUAGCUGGUACUUGAAACUGAAUCCAAGGGAUAAAAAGAGUGGCGAUGAAGAGGAGUAUGUCUCCCUUAACCUUGAGCUGUGCAAUACUUCUCUGAAAUCCGACACUGUCGUCGAUGCUUCUUUCAAGUUCUUGAUAUCUAAUCAGUCAUAUGGAAAGCACAGUGAACAUCAAGUUACUCACAAAUUCCAGACUGCAAGCACAUCCUCUGGCACUUCAUGUAUGAUUCCCCUCAUGACACUGAAGAAGUCCUCUGGAUUUAUUGUCAACAACAGCUGCGUCUUCGGUGUUGAGUUCAUCAAAGCUGUCACUGCCAAAGCCAAUAAUGCAUCAGAGAUACUGUUUGUUCAGAAGAUGAACACCUUCGAUGAGGCCAAAUUCUACACUUGGGACAUUGAGGAUUUCUUUGCAUUGAAGAGCCCCAGCUACUCGCCAGAGUUUGAACUUGGUGGACACAAAUGGUGUCUCAGUAUCUGUCCAUCCGGCCAUGACAAAAAUGGGAACUAUCUCUCCUUGUAUCUGCACAUGAAAAAGCAGGAUAUAACCUUUGAAAACAGUGUAGCCCUGGUGGAAUAUUGCAUAGCCAUUAAAGACCAGGAAACCGGCAAGCACUGGAAAGAAGCAGGCCGGUGCCAAUUCUCGAAGAACGAUAAUACCUGGGGAUUCAACAAGUUCAUGUCCCUGGAGGAUUUCAAGGACUCGUCGAAUGGUUACCUCGUGAAAACUAAGUGAUGCAUCGAAGCUGAAGUUGUAAUUGUUGGUACCUCAAAGCUGGAGUAGCCCAUCAUUUAGUGUGUGUUGACUGAAUUGCAGUAGCUCGCUGUCAGCGGCGGAUCUAGAAAAAAUAUUAGAGGGACUGAACAAAAGAGAAUUGCUUCUAGUCCUUCAGUAAUACCAGCAAUUUUGUUGUGGUGGCUAAGGAAGGUAUUUGAAGUUGAAUCCGAUGGACAAAAAGAGUGAUCAUGAGAGGGGAGUACGUGUCCCUCAUCCUGAGCUUUCACAAACUUCUCUAAACCCCGACACAACUGUAGAAGCAUCAUUCAGAUUCUUGAUAUACGACCAAACAUAUGGAAAUCACAGUGAAUAUGAACGGAAGGCUGCAAUUAUCUGUUGACAGUAAUGACAAAUUUCCUAGCUUUUAGGUUCCAGUUUUUCAGUAAGAAUCUUGACGUUGUUCUGAAUUUCAGAUGCACCCACUGUUUUGCUUCAGUGAGACGCUGUUUCAGCUACAUUCUUGAGCCUCUAGUUUCCUUUGUGGUGCAUGCAGUUAGCCACCAGUUCCAUACUAUGAGCACAAGCUCGGGGGCCUCAUGCAUUAUGCCCCUUGACAUGCUAAUAAGCCCUUCCUCUGGGUUCCUAGUUGGUGGCAGCUGCGCUUCCGGCGUAGAGUUUUCCAAGGUCACAACAGCGCAGGUGAAGCACUGGUCGGAGACGUUGUUUGUCAACAAGGCAACCGCCAUCACCGACCGCGAGGUCUACGGCUAGAACAUUGAGGACUUCUUCGCUCUGAAGAGCAUUUGGUUACUCUCCACCGUUUGAGAUCAGUGGACACAAAUGGUACUUGAGCUUGUACCCAUCUGGAUCUGACAACAAUGGCAAAUUCCUCUCCCUGUACCUGCACAUGAAGGAUCCGGUGUUCUAGUAGAGCUAAGCCUGUCCAUCAAGGAUCAAGUGACCGGCAAACACAGGAAACUCACAGGCCGCUGCCAGUUCUCGGACAGGGAGAAGGGCGAUGGGUGGGGUUGGGCCAAGUUCAUGUCUUUGGAGAGGUUCAAGGAAUCCUGGAGUGCUGCAUUGAAGCCGAUUCUUCCAAUCAUCGGCUCAUCCAGCAUGGGGUAGAUAGAGGCUGCCAGAGUUUCUCCGGGAUUACAUGCGGAAUUGCAAUGUUACUGGUGUUGGCUGUUUGAUCUUGAACUUGAAGUACUGAAACUUGCCACGAACUCCAUAACAAUGAAGGAUUUUUUUUUUCUCAAUUGUAAGCAUGUUGCUCAGGUUGGGGGUCGUUGGGAACAUGAAAAGUUACACUAACCUACGUGGAAUUUGAACUGUUUAUAAGAUAUUUG